AUGCCACCUCAGUCCCCACCCCCUAAACCCCAAAACUUCACCUUCUUCCACGGCCACCGCAAGCCCUCACAGAACCGCCCUACAGUCCGCGGCGGCCUCUUCUCCAACCGCGUCUCCCUCCCAAACCGCAGAUACCCCACCGCCGCCCCCCAACCUCAGUCCUUCGAACUCUCCAAAUGGGAUCCACACCUCCCCCAAUCCUCGCCGUCCACUUCAUCAUCCAACCCUGCCGACACGACACUCCUCUCAUUUCUCUCCCCUAUCGCUCGCUUCAUUCUCGACGCGUUCCGCAAGAACCAGAACCACUGGGGCCCACCAGUCGUCUCGGAGCUCCGAAAGCUCCGCCGGGUUACGCCCGACCUCGUUGCCGAGGUGCUCAAGGUCCAAAACGACCCCGUCUCCGCUUCCAAGUUCUUCCACUGGGCAGGUAAGCAAAAGGGUUUCAAGCACACUUAUGCUUCCUACAAUGCCUUGGCCUAUUGUCUGAACAGGUCCAACCGGUUCCGGUCCGCGGACCAAGUCCCAGAGUUGAUGGACUCGCAGGGCAAACCGCCCAGCGAGAAACAGUUUGAGAUUCUCAUCAGAAUGCACUCCGAUGCCAAUAGAGGUCUUAGGGUUUAUUACGUGUAUGAAAAAAUGAAGAAAUUUGGAGUUAAACCCAGGGUUUUCUUGUACAAUAGGAUCAUGGAUGCGUUAGUGAAGUCGGGUUAUUUGGAUUUGGCAUUAUCGGUUUACGAAGACUUUAGGGGUGAUGGGUUGGUCGAGGAGAGUGUUACUUUUAUGAUCUUGAUAAAGGGUCUUUGUAAAAUGGGAAGAAUGGAUGAAAUGUUGCAGCUUUUGGAGAGAAUGAGGGUGAAUUUGUGUAAACCUGACGUGUUUGCAUACACGGCAAUGGUUAAGGUUUUGAUUUCAGAGGGGAACUUGGACGGCUGUUUGAGGGUUUGGGAGGAAAUGAAGAGAGAUAGGGUAGGGGCAGACGUUAUGGCAUAUGCAACUCUGGUUACGGGUCUGUGUAAGGGAGGGAGGGUGGAGAAAGGAUACGAGUUGUUUAGGGAGAUGAAGGUUAAGGGUUUCCUGAUUGAUAGAGCUAUUUACGGGGUGUUGAUUGAGGGGUUCGUGGCAGACAGGAAGGUUGGAGCGGCAUGUGAUUUGUUGAAGGAUUUGAUGGAUUCAGGAUAUAGGGCAGAUUUGGGGAUAUAUAAUUCUCUUAUUGAGGGUUUAUGUAAUGCGAAGCGGGUUGACAAAGCUUAUAAGAUUUUCCGAGUUACAGUUCAAGAGGGUCUUCAGCCAGAUUUUGCUACGGUGAAUCCCAUUUUGGUGUCUUAUGCUGAGAUGAGAAGAAUGGAUAACUUUUGCGAUAUGCUUGCAGAGAUGGAGAAAUUUGAUUUUCCUGUUAUUGAUGAUCUUUCAAAAUUCUUUUCCUUUAUGGUAGGAAAGGAGGAUGGAGUCCCUUUAGCUUUGGAAGUGUUUGGGGAGUUGAAAGUUAAAGGUUAUUAUAGUGUUGGAAUCUACAAUAUCCUUAUGGGAUCCCUCCACAAAUCUGGGAAAGUGAAGAAAGCAUUGUCUCUCUUUAAUGAAAUGAAGGAUGUGGAUUUGCAGCCCGAUGCGUCUACUUAUAGCAUUGCAAUUAUGUGUUUUGUUGAAGAUGAGGACAUCCAUGAGGCUUGUGCCUCUCAUAAUAAGAUAAUUGAGAUGUCUUGUGUUCCUUCUAUCUCUGCUUAUUGUUCUCUUGCAAGAGCUCUUUGCAAAGUUGGCGAGAUUGAUACAGUUAUGCUGCUUGUUCGUGACUGCUUAGCCAGUGUGACAAGUGGGCCCAUGGAAUUCAAGUAUUCUCUUACCAUUCUCCAUGCUUGUAAAUCUAAUAAUGCUGAGAAGGUGAUUGAAGUACUAAAUGAGAUGAUGCAGCAGGGUUGUCCUCUGGAUGAUGUUAUAUACUCUGCUAUAAUCUCUGGCAUGUGUAAGCAUGGAACAAUAGAGGAGGCAAGGAAGAUAUUUUCUAAUUUGAAAGAGCGCAAACUUUUAACAGAAGCCAACAUGAUUGUGUAUGAUGAAGUAUUAAUUGAACACAUGAAGAAGAAGACGGCAGAUCUGGUGGUGUCAGGAUUGAAGUUUUUUGGUUUAGAAUCCAAGUUGAAAGCAAAGGGUUGUAAACUGCUGUCAGGAUGA